AUGAGAUUAAGGCAACAAGAGAUAAACAUUUUAUCAGCAAUAACAUUUAUAAUCACUUUGAAACAUUUAUUAGGUAUUUAUUUUUUAUUUAUCAUUACAUCAAAAGUAUUUGCGAAAAAACCAGCACAACAUCCAGAUAAACCACCAAUAGUUGCUCUUCUCAGAUAUUCAGUGAAGCGACUUCAUGCUCAGAAUAAUUUAAUUAUUGAAUUACAUAAUUUUACAAGAAAAGGCAGAGUAAAUCAUUUUAAUGGCUUUAUUAUGGAGCUUUUGAAGGAAAAUGAAGAGAACAACGAAUUAAAUAAAAGGAAAAAUAAAGAUUUCUUCCAAACAAAACAAAUAAAACGAAAAUUGGAAAUCUAA